UGAUCAUCCAGCAUACGUUAGCAAUCAGAACUUACAUCUUACUUGCUCACGCGUAUUGCAUUUAGUACCGAACUUUAAAUUUAUGUGACCAGUAGUUAAUCUUUAUGGACAAAGUGAUUACACUUUGUCCAUAAUGUUCUCGUAAUCUCAUCAAUUACGAGAACAUUUGGAGAAAGUACAUGGAUUUGCCUUUGAAGUUGAGAAGCUGGAAUUCAAAAAUAUGAAGGAUUUCUAUGAAUGGAAAGUAACAGAGGAAUUGAGAACCAACUCUAAAUAUUCUGCACCUUGUGGGCCUCGCACAAAAAAAUCAAGAGGAGAAAACAAAUAUUAUUUCUAUUGUAACAGGACUGGAAGAAAACGAUAUAAACAGCUACAGAGUAAACGACCUAACAGAUGUCUAGAAUCCUGUAAAAUUCAAGAUCACUGCACCUCAGCAAUGAAUGUGCUAGAAGGAAGAAAUAAUGUACAAGUAACUUACAUCAAACCUCAUUAUGGUCAUGAUUGCAAACUUGGACAUAUCCCACUACUUAAUGAAACACGACAGGAAAUAGCAGGUAAUAAUUUUGGAAACAUUAAGUACCUUAUAUUACAUAAACAAAGUAGUACUUAGGGUCACAGCAACUUAAAAUUGUCAUUCCCAUUUUCUUUCAUAUAUCUUAUGUACAGAAACUGUAUAUACACAUCUUUUAAACUGAAUGUCUCAUUUCCUGUUACAUUUCUCUUUGGUUAGAUUUCUAUAAAAUUCACAUACUUCUCAU